AUGUCCGCCGAGUAUGUAUUAGAGCCCGACAACGGGGCACACGCGGCCCCCGCUAUUCCAGGCCUCUCUGGCGCAGUCCCUACCUCCACAGAGGCAAGGGCCAAGCGACGCAUCGCUGCGCUAGAAGAUGAACUGCAAACUAUGAAGGAAGAGAGAGGGACGAAGCAAAGAAAGACGAGUUAUUACGUCGCUCAAGGCAGGGCGAUUCGGCGCGCAGUCGUUCUUUAUACCAGUUUGGAAAGUUUGGUCUUGGAGAACGAUCGCAGGUACGAUGAACUUCAAGGCUCGGUGGACGGCUUAUUGGUGGACACCACCACACAACAGGAUCGUCUGCAGCGUGGCUACAUCGCAUUCACUCAGACUCUGCCCUGGCUACAUGGUAAGCUUACAAGCCUUGACACCGAGGACUGUCAAGAUAUGAUGAAAAAGCUCAAGAAAGGAGCCGAUGCGGCGCGUGGUGAUGAUACGUCCACUCUCAAGGACCUCAUCGCCACAUGGAUCAAUCAGGAUUUUCGUCCGUCUGCUCUACUGAGGCCCGACGACAAGCAGUUGCGCGGAUUCGUACACGACGUUUGCGGGAAGCUACUAUGUCCUGCCGAGUGGGACUGGAACAAUGACCGCGUGAAGGCGGGCAUUCGCGAUAGAACUUCAGAGUUCAUUGUGUCGGAAAAUUCCUGGCCGCUCUUCCUCUACGAGAACUACUCAUUCGACGAUAGCAACCUAGAGAAGGGUCUCUUCCAGUCCAAGAUUUUGAUCCAGGCAUUUAAAGCUAUAUAUACCUCACCGUCUUCUGCAAAAGAAGUCGAUGGUGAUGGCAAUGGUGCCGACAUCCUGGAAAGUAACAGGCGCGCUCGGCGGGCAUUAAAUCAGGUAAAGGUCAAGACUUGCGUCCGUUUUGCACUAUCGAGCGUCUCGUCCUGGCGUACCAUCGAUGGUGACUUCGAUUACGAAGUGUUCUGGAACAACAUCGUCGACUUCUUCGAGGACGUCCCUGGCCCUGCCGCGCGACGUAGGGUGGCCCAACUUCUCGAAUGGUGGACUAGGAAGAUUUUUGGCAAAAAUCAUCGUCAGGAUCUAACACCAGAAGUCGUGUCGAAGAUGUCUGUUACAGCGUUGGCCGAGCAAAGAAGGGCACAAGAAGAUGCCGCUUUCGAUUCCGAGUAG